AUGGGAAAUCUGCGAUUCCAAACUGCGAUCAACCCCGAGUGUGAGCAUGACACCUCCCAAAAAUCCCCCAACAUCCUCCUCCUUCUGCACGGCCUCGGCGACACCGCCGCCAACUUCACCGCCUUCGCGCGCGCCCUUCACCUCCCCGAAACCACCAUCCUCACCCUUCAAGCCCCGCAGCCCCUCCCCUUCGACCUGGGCGGCUACCACUGGGGCGACGACGUGACCUUCACGCCGGCGGGGGAGCUGGACAUGGACGCCGGGUUCACGCGGGCGGUGCGCCUGAUCGUCCACGAGGUGAUUGCGGGGGUUCUGGUCCGGAAGUGCGGGUAUCGGUGGCGGGAUGUGUUGGUGUUUGGGUUGGGGCAGGGCGGGAUGGUGGGGUUGGAGGUUGCUGCUGCUGCUGCUGCUGGUGGUUCUAGGGGAGAAGGUGAGAGUAGCGGGGCGUUGGGAUCUUCUACGCAGCAGAACGGUAAUGAUCGGUGGUUGGCAGGGGUGGUUUCGAUCGGGGCCCCGUUUCCAUUAUCCGCGGUCAAGAAUACAACAAGCCAGAAAAAUCGGACGCCGGUGUUGGUGGUUGCGGGGAGGGAUUCGGUGGCUGUGACGGAUAGUGCGGUGCGCAGGACGAAGGAUUGGUUUGAGUUUGUCGAGGUUCAUCGGUAUGCUCGGCGUGGGGAUGGGAUGCCCAGGAAUCGAGACGAGAUGUUGCCCGUCAUGCAGUUCUUGGCCAGGAGGUUGAAAAGUUGGAAGGGCGUGCCCGAGGGCAGUGUGGAGAUCUCAUGA